GACUUCACCCCAAACCCGGAACAAACAACGUAGAAACAACGUGAUUAAAUCUGCAACUGAUCCUACAGGACACCGAUCAUCUGUUUGUUUUUAUCAGGUUAUAAAGCGCAUUUAGAGAAGCGACUAAACGACACAGAGGAUGGCACUGAACAAAUCCAUGCAUCCGCGAAACCGUUAUAAGGACAAACCACCUGACUUUGCCUACCUGGCUUCCAAGUAUCCGGAUUUUCAGAAGCAUGUGCAGACUACAUUAACCGGCCGGGUGAUGCUGAAUUUUAAGGACCCUGAGGCGGUGCGUGCUCUAACAUGCACCCUGCUGAAGGAAGACUUUGGCCUGAACAUUGAGAUUCCUGUUGAGCGGCUCAUCCCCACUGUCCCACUGCGCCUCAACUACAUCCACUGGGUGGAAGACCUGAUUGGAGGGCAGGGCAGUCCACGCAGAGGCAUUGAUAUCGGUACGGGGGCCUCCUGUAUCUACCCCCUGUUGGGAGCCUCAAUGAAUGGUUGGUACUUUCUCGCAACAGAGGUGGAUGACAUCUGCUAUGAUUAUGCCAAGAAAAAUGUUGACCAAAACAAUAUGGCAGACCUGAUAAAAGUGGUGAAAGUGCCCCAAAAGACCUUACUAAUGGAUGCACUAAAGGACGAGUCGAUAGUAUAUGAUUUCUGCAUGUGCAAUCCUCCUUUCUUUGCUAAUCAGCUGGAGGCUAAGGGGGUCAACUCAAGGAACUCACGCAGACCCCCGCCAAGCUCCAUCAACACUGGAGGAGUGACCGAAAUCAUGGCUGAGGGGGGUGAGCUGGAGUUUGUGAAAAGGAUUAUUCAUGACAGUGUGCAGCUUAAAAGGAGGCUCAGAUGGUACAGCUGCAUGCUGGGGAAAAAGUGUAGUCUAGGACCCUUAAAGGAGGAGCUGAGAAAACAAGGGGUCCUCAAAGUAACACACACAGAGUUUUGCCAGGGGCGCACCAUGCGCUGGGCUCUGGCCUGGAGCUUCUACGAGGAUGUAACCAUGCCAUCUCCGCCAAACAAGAAGCGUAAGCUGGAGAAGGCACGUAAGCCACUUAGCUUCACCGUGGUAGAAGCCACAGCAGCAGAACUGCACUCUCAGGCUCUCCGCAUUGGACAAACACACACCAGCAAUGUAGAGAGCAUCACGUACUGGUUGGAGAGCAUUCUCACAGAGCUAAAGGUCUUGCACAACCGUGUUCCCUCCUGCGACUCUGAACUCAGCCUCUUCCUGACUGCUGUGGAGAACACCUGGGUCCAUGCUCGGCAGAAACGGCGUGAACAGAGACGUCAGCUCUGUGAGCUGCCUAAAGCCUCAGAGCCUGAAGCCCCUGCUGCCCACUGCAUGGACCUGACCCUGAAACAGGACCUCGCGCAUCCUCCAAGUAAUGAAGAAGAAUCCAAGACAAAGCGGCACUUUGUAAAGGAUACAGAUGUCCCCUGUAAGACCUCCAGUUCAGCUAUUUCCCCAAGCUCCAGCUCAGUCUACAACUUCCUGUUUAAGUGCCUGAUGAAUGUAAAGGUGGAGGACAGUGAUGUGUUGGUUGAGAUGCACUGGGUAGAGGGUCAGGAUAAAGAUCUUAUGAACCAGCUCUGUACAAGCAUGAAGAACUCACUCUUUCGCAGAGUAGCCAAGUCUGUUUGAUUCUGGCUUUAACACAUUUUCUGCUUUUUCUUUUCAACAUCUUAUUUUUCUAAAAGUGCACCAUAUGAGGUAACAUACUAAUGUUUUGAUUACCUGUAAGUCUGCAAGUACAUCUGUAGAUACAGCGGUAAAAUAGUGCACAGCUGUGUAGAUACAGUAGUUUUUUUGUGAACAUUUGUCUUUAUUACAUUUGUAAUAAACAUUUUAAUUGUUGGUGGCUCAGAAUUUUUUUUUAUUUGUUCUUUCAUACAUAAUCCGUUGGGUUCUCUGCAUUCAUAUGUUUCAACUAAGUGAUGCCUGUCAUUUAUUGUGUUCAUGUUAUUUGUUUAAGGGGCAUUCAAGUAAAAUUUGGACUUGUUGUGAAAUUUCUCAUAAAUAAAGGACUAAAUCCAAUUGAUAAUUA